CAAAUAUUCUCCAUCACAAUUUGCUCUCGAGUUUUAUGUCAACAAAUGUAAGCAUUAAACUAGAUACAAAUGCUUUCCCCAUUUAUCUUCACAGUCAUCACAGACAACAGGAACACUUCAGUGAAGUAGGAGCUCCAGGUAUACAUCUUUUUGUAACUCCUGCCAUGAAAAUCCUCUCAAGGGAUUUGUUUUCAAGAAGAAGCAGGAAGUGACGUAAAGGACAGCGGCGCCCUCAAGUGGACCCGUUUGUUUCCAUUAGUUUUACCUCCAGGAUGGGAGCUCGUUGUUCCUUCGUGUUAGUCAAAAUGCCGGGUCUAUGGAUUGCUGGACAUUGCUUGAACACUCGGGAAAAUGGAUUGACCCUUCAUAAGUUUGCAAGAGACCCGAUUCGGUGUGAAAAAUGGAUUGCACGGGUGCAGAGGACGAGAAAUUUGUGGGUUCCAAAUAACAGGUCGGUGUGGAUACAGCUACUAAAAAAAAUAACAGUUUGGGGCAGACCACGUAAUCGGUCUGUCAUAUCUUAACAAAAGAUCCGCGUACGAAAUAUGUUGAUGUGCACGUCGGACGGCGUCGGGCUGCUGCGCGGUCGGCGGAGAAUCUGAAGAACUAGCCAAGAAUGCCUUACUCGCAGUAAUGCGCCCCGGCUUGACGGUGUUCAUGGAGUACUGCGGCGGCUAUGAACAACCCCCUAAAAGCAGCAUGGCUUGGCUACAUUAUAUGCCACCACGGCGCCGAAAAUCAGCCACACUGGCUGAGCUGCCGCGUUCGGCGGUCGCGGCUUCUGCAAAGGCUGCGCGCCGGGCUUUGCGGACGGGGGCGGCUCUGAAGAACCCAGCCGAGAAUGCCUCACUCAGCCGCGUGCGCGCAGUAAAGCGCCCCGGCUCGAUUGUGUUGCUUAUCACGUACUGCGAACAACCCCCGAAAGCAGGACAGCUCGGCUGCGUCAUAAGCCACACCGGCCGACUGUGAUGAGCCGUGAUGGCUCAUCUCCGCCGCGGAAGUGGAUCGGACGGGGAUGAGGUUUGGCCGCAAUCGCAUGUCAUCUGAAUAUGGCUCGAAACAAUAGUGUAAUAUUGCCCCAAGGGCUCGAAACAACAGUGUAAUAUUGCCCCGGUAUCUUCACUCGGUUGUGUGGUGUUGUCCUUUUCGAAAAGAGCUUCCGUGUCAGAAGGUGCGCGUUUGUCUCCCAUAGUUAGGGUGCACCGCGUGUUUUCAUUGGCGAAUGUCACGGAUGACGUCAUGGACGGAGGAUGCAGCCAAUAUGACGACCACUUGGAAAUCGUAGAAUGACACUUCUGCAACUUUGCGCGUGGAUGACGCCCUCUCCGCUCACAUUUAUUUUUUCGUAUAGACAUUGAAAUGAAUCAUGUAUUUUUCAUUACAAUAUCUAUUUUAGAAUGUUUAUAGGGAUGACUCUUGGGCUUUAUUUACAAAUAAGUGAUCUUUAUGAAGGAAAAUUUAAGGUAUGCAAAAGCCUGACAAAUACUACAAAUACCAAAAGACUUAAAAUAGGCAUGGUAAACUGAAAACUAGUGCUAGGAAAGAAUGAGUUACCGAUUCGGAUCACUCACGAGUCUGCUUGAAAAACACUCUCAAAUCAUGUAUUUUGCAUCCCAAUAAAAUCAAAGAAUCAAUCAAAGAGCCUAUUCUAUUUUGACAAGAACUGGCUGUGAAACUGCCUAACUUUGUUUACAAUAUGCGUAGUCGUAUAGAAGCCUCUAGCUGACCAUAUGGAUCAUGGAGCCCUUGAUCUGAUAAUCUCUGCGACACAAAGCGUCCAAUGAGGAGGAGCUAAAUGAUAGUUCAUGGGAGACGUGUCUGCAGCAGAUAAACUGAAUAAGUUACGCGAGAUUCUUUCAAUACGUUGGGCAGAUGAUUGACGAACGUGACUAUGAAGUAGCAUCUUAACUAACAAGGUGGUUUUGUAAAAGCAGUUGUUUGAUAACAAAUGGCUUCAUCCAAACACUAACCAUGAGUGAAAAAAAAAAUGUUUGUGUUAACAUACAUAAUCUCUGAAAAAUGGCUGACAAAUUAUAAAUUAUGACAGGGCAUAACUAUAUAAAUCAGCAGAGAAUAAGAAUUCAUAAUUCAAAAUUUCUCCACUAAAUAUCACACUAAUUGAUCCAGAAAGCCAAUAUAUAAUUGUCGGUAGAACUAUACUUAAAUCAUACACAGUUAACGUAUACGCCAUUAAUAUUUGUGAUCCAGCCUUUAUUCAUAUACUUUUUUUGACAUACAAUGUGUCUACUAAUUCAACAAUUAUAGGUGGAAUUAUUGCAAUUAUAGGACUUAAUCCAACCACAGACUGCUCAAAUUUAUAACAUACCAAAGAAUCGCAGUCUUUCUGAAUAUUAGAUGUAUCUAUGCAUGGUUUUUCGGAUUCAACAACAGAGAAUUAACUGUUCACUGUUCGCGGGCCCACAUUCACAGAUUUUGAUCUCCAAAUUGUUUUGUUUUUUUAAAUGUAAUGUAUUUGCAGAAUCGCAGAGGUCUUAAAUUAUUUUCUAAAUAGACAAGGCAGAACCAUUAGACAAGGCACCGAACAAUGUGGUGCACCUUAAGUGCACACUGAGUUCCAACAUUUGAAAAGUUUGUUUUCAAAACGCGACAUAGGCAUUUUUUUCAGAUUUACGAAACUCGCGCCAAAAUUAUCCAGCUCCGAAUGGUAGUUAUCGGGAUACUCUGAUUUUUGUUGAAAGUGCGACAUAUCGUUCUAUAUCAGCCAAGGAAGAUCGCGUUUUAUUUCAAAAUGCGACAUAUCGAGAUCUUAUUUACAGCAAAAUGCUACAUAAUUUCGUUCAAUCAGUGUGCGCUGCUGAAGCAAGCAGCAUCCAAUCAGAAUUCGUCUAGAGGGAAGUUCCGGUAUCUUCCACAUCAUCAUCCAAAAUGGCUGCGCCUACGUUUGAGAGAGAUGCUAAUGCCGAGUUUGAUUUUAUGUACGAGACACCGGAGAGAAUGAAGCUGGGAAGGAAAAAAAACCCAGCGGAAACGGGGUCAGAAAAGAAGAAUCGCUUGCUAUGAUAGUAGACCCUAUUUUUUCCUCUUUGUGAAGUUGACCUAUUGUUUCCUUUUUUAUCACAUUUGAAUUUUCUUUUACAUGAAUUCCAUUUUUAAUAGAAUCUACUGAUGUGUGAAUCAGUAAUGUUUUUUUUCUACUUAUGAAUUGAAAGAAAAUAAAGACUUUUGAUCUUUGUAGAUUGUUUUUGUUUACACUGAAAAAUAUCUAGUACAGUCAGUAGCAAACCUUUUCAUUGUUUUGCCAUGUGAUACAUUUUACCAUGUUUUUUUACUUGGAUCCUUGGGAUGCAUUUUUGUCGAUUUUAUCUUUACAGUGUUUCUUGCUUUCAAGCUGAACUAAGUCUUGUAUUUUGUUUAUCAAUGUUUAAUCAUAUCGAAUAAAUGAAUCAGAGAUUGUGCUGGUUUACUUGCAGGCUGUCCCAUUGUGAGGGUGCUUUUCCUAUUUAAUUUUAAUUCUUUAUGAAAUUAUUGCAAUUUAAUACUUCAGUUCUCAUCCAAGUACCAUUGUAUCUGAAUGUAAUAAACAUACUGUUUUGUCUAUGAUUGUGUAAUGCUUGAAUAGUAAUUUUGUUGUUCAAAAUAUUUCACCAACGAUCAUUAAUGAAUGAAUAAAUUUUUAGAAUUCUAUGCAAUCUUUUUUUUUGCCAUUUUUAAGUUAUCGGCUAUGACUUAAGAAAAGUUGACAUUAAAAGGAAAUCAACACCCUUGGAGUAGACUCAAUUUCUGUCUAUGAGCAUUAUGAAUACUGUUAUUAUUACUACAGACUUAUAUCCUAUUCUGCAGUGUUCUUUCCCCCGACAGCGACAGCUAUAAAUAAAAUCAAAAGAAAGCAGACUCAAUGAGUCAGAUUUCAAACAGUGAAUUUGUGAGUUUGAAACUGAUUUCAUUUUGGACAUGUGUGUAUGAGAUUGACUACCUAUUUUUUUUCUGCUGGUAUCCCUCGCAAAAAAAAAUACAGCUGCUCCUGAAGCUUUAAGUCGAAAUUUGGAUAUGUCUCACUUUGCCAAGAAUAGAAUGUUUGGAUAUGUCUCACUUUGGAGAAAAAAAUGAAAUUUGUCAUCAAAAAAACUCAGUGAAUAUUAAAGUCAAUAUUUUUUUGUAGUAUGGUGUUUAGUUACUUUUUAGCAUCUCUUUCCAUCCCCCAAUAGUUAGAAACAUAAAUUGAGUUUAUUGUUUUCACUUCAAUACCAAGCCCUUUUCUCAACGUUGGUCUUUUGAGUGUCAUCUUUGUCUCCUGAGUGCCGACCAGCACCGAUCCUUUCAAUAAAACAUUUUUGGCGUUGUCGGCAGGAUCGUGCAGGCUACGCGCAGGAGAUAAAAAGAGGAUGCGUUGUUUCAGAAGGAAAACUAAGAGUGCGCAAGAGGCACCAGAGGAGGAGGUGGCGCCCGGGUGGGAAGGAAUCACUUUCCGAGAGAUAGAAGCUGUCUUACGGGAGCGUGGGGGACGCCCCGGAUCGUGGACAGGAGUGAAUCCCGCUGCCACGCCGCUGGCAUUAUGUGAUAUGUUGAAGCGGGUGGAUGUGAAUGCUCGUGGUCCGCUGGGAGGCACGCAGCAGAUGUUGUGGAUGUGUGCGGAAGCUUGGAAAAAUUGCGUGUUGGAGUUGGAUAAGGUUAGAAGCGCAGAAAAUCAAAAGGCGCAAGAGGUUAUCCAGCUAGAGGUUAUAGUGAAAGAAUUAAAGGAGCAUUUGGCAAAAAUGCAGAGUAUAACGGAAAGAGCUGUAAUGCAUAUCUCCCGAGUGGCGCGAAGAGGGCGAAAGAAGAAACCUCGUAAAAUAGAACAAGCGCAAAUCCGUUCAUUCACCACUGGGCUGUCAGCGCAGUGGAAUCCGGAGGAGUGGAACGGGGAUAUGUGGGGGGAUGAUGAUGAUGAUAAUGAUCUUGAUGAUGAAUAUGAUAGAGGUGCAAGACCGGACCCGCCACCACAGACCGGGUUGUAUCCCUCGUUAAAGGGGCUGCCGAUACACCCUAUCACGCGACAAAAAGAGCAGCGACGCGUGAUACCGGAUCGAAUCCAGGAUCUGAUGGGGGCGGACGGUCGACCGAUUCUGGAUGAAAAUGGCGAGCGAGUGCAGGGGCUGGUCCCACAAGCGCAGCCAGAGCCAGAAUUGUUUAUGACUAGAGAAGAUUAUACACAGGAAGAGACUACUCAUAUUGUAACAAAGUAUCGUCAGAAACCGGGCGAACCGAUCGAUGUUUGGCUCAUUCGGUUGCUAGAGGAAGGAGCUGAUGCCGUUAUUAUAGAUGCUGGGGAUUAUCAGCGGUUCGCAGCGCUUUCCACCGAUAGCCAGCUAAACGCAGAAUUCCAGGGAAUGUGCAGAGUCAUGGGCGGUGAUGUAGGGCUCCCUCUCUCGGCGUUAUAUGGGGCAGCCACGCAGCUGAUAUUUCCAUCAUAUCAAGAUUGGCCAGAACUGAGAGGGCAAUGGUCAACCAUCAGGGAUGCAGUGAUGAGAUUGACACGGUUGUGUAUGAGGCACUCAAUUUCGAGUGAUGGCUCUGUGGAAAUAAGAGAUGGGGAGGUCCCGAAAAUGAUCCGGGAUGCGAUAAUACGUGAUGCUCCCCCACAUUAUAGAGCGGCGGUAUUAACUAUUUUGUUGGGAGCCGCUGACCUGACAUUCUCGAUGGUGAAAAGUAGGUUGGCGGAGUUAGCAACGCUCGGAGACUGGUCUAACGUGAGUGCGCCGCGUGAUCGUGAACCACGUGAAAAAUCGAGGGAAAAUCGGAACGGUUUCGCGAAAAAUGGAAAACCUGAGGGAAGCAGAAGUGAUAUGUGGAGGGCACUAAUCAAAGCAGGGGUUCCAGCUGAGGAAAUUGACAGGGUUCCUACGUCAGCACUUGCUGAAAAAUGCAGACAGAAGGGACUACAGGUUAGAUGUUUCUCAGGAGGAGGCUUUCCUCAAAUGACGAUGGGCGUGGCGGAGUUAACCAGUAUGCUCAAAGAGUUGAUAAAGCGCCUUCCCAUUGUCCCUCCUACCAUUCCUCCUAUUGCACCUCCCACAGCACCACCCUUACCACGGGAGGAGGAGGAGACUUCGUCAAGCGAGGAGGAGGAAGUGAGCCAAGUAGCAGCAGUGCAGCGACGGAAAAAGGGGAAGAAAGGCAAAAAUAAACGACGCCAUCAUAGUGAUGAAUAGGAUGAUGGCCAAGCCCUGGUAGCUCGUCAACAACAGGCUCAGCGAUGGUCUGCUAGUGAUAUUAGACCUCAUGUGAGGAUGGAAAUUUAGUGGGAUAAAUCAGUUCAAACAGUAACAGCGUUAGUAGAUACCGGUGCGGAGGCCUCAAUAAUUGAUGGAAAUCAAGAGAAAAUGAAAGGACCCCUAGUACCAUUAACAGGACUAGGAGGAAAAGUGGUUCAUGGAAAACAUGUAAACUUACCUUUGAAAAUCGGAAAUAUGCCUGUAAAAACAUAUAUGGUGAUUUUAACCCCUAUCCCAGAGUGGAUAGUGGGCAUGGACAUAUUAGCCGGAAUGACACUUUAUUUGACAGCCGGGAGAUUUGAAUUCGGUGUAAAUCCACUGAAAAUUCAUGCAAUAUUGGUGGGUAAAGUAAAAAUGCCACCUUUUCCGAUACCACAAGCUACACAGGUAGUUAGUCAAAAGCAAUACCGGAUACCUGGAGGACAGGAAGAAAUUUCAGCGACCAUUAAAGAAUAUUUAGAAGCUGGUGUAUUGAAAACGGUGACGACAAACUGGAACAAUCCGUUGUGGCCACUCAGGAAAUCAGUUAACUCUUGGAGGAUGACAGUAGACUAGAGGAUUAAAUAAACACACACCUGCAUUGACUUCCGCGGUGCCCGACGCAGUGACAAUUAUAGAACGAGUGCAACAUCAUCCCGGAACGUGGUAUGGGGUCAUAGAUUUGGCUAACGUAUUUUUCACUAUUCCCAUUCCUGAGGAUAGGAUGAAUCAAUUUGCGUUUACCUGGGAAGGGCGCCAAUACACGUUUACCAGACUACCUCAGGGUUAUUUACAUAGUCCCACAAUCUGCCACCGGGUGGUAGCAGAGCACCUGGAAAAGCUAAAAGUUCCUAAAGAAAUAAUGGUAUCACAUUAUGUCGAUGACAUACUAGUGCAAGGAACGAGCGGGGAAGAGGUGAAGGAAGUUCUAAGACAGCUAAUACAGCACAUGAAAGGG